AACCCUACUCUCUUUCUCUUUUCCCAUUCUUUCUAUCAUUUCCUCUCUCUCUCUCUCUCUCUCGGGAUCUGACCUCUUUCCAGUAACCUAUUCCCGAGGAGCACUGUCAAAUCUUGUCCAGUCUUUGGUCUUUCAAGGAUCUCUCUUUCUCUCUCUAGUCUUGUGGUGAAAGUGUCAAUUCAAACUCUUCUGAUAACAAGCACGAGAGUUUCAAAAAAUUUUGUUAGAAGCUGUUCAAAAAGUUUCAGCUGGAUCAUCUAGAAUUUCUUCAGGUUAUCAUCGACCAAGAAGACUAAAAGAUGAACUCAUUUUCCCACGUUCCUCCGGGAUUUAGAUUUCACCCAACUGACGAAGAACUUGUAGACUACUACCUGAGGAAAAAAGUCGCAUCAAAGAGAAUAGAAAUCGAUUUCAUAAAAGACAUUGAUCUUUACAAGAUUGAGCCAUGGGAUCUUCAAGAGUUAUGCAAAAUUGGGCAUGAAGAGCAGAGUGAUUGGUACUUCUUUAGCCAUAAAGACAAGAAGUAUCCCACAGGGACUCGAACCAAUAGAGCGACAAAAGCAGGGUUUUGGAAAGCCACGGGAAGAGAUAAGGCUAUAUAUUUGAGGCAUAGUCUUAUUGGUAUGAGGAAAACACUUGUGUUUUACAAGGGAAGAGCCCCGAAUGGACAGAAGUCCGAUUGGAUCAUGCACGAAUACCGCUUAGAAACCGAUGAAAACGGAACUCCUCAGGAAGAAGGAUGGGUUGUGUGUAGGGUUUUCAAGAAGAGACUGGCUGCUGUUAGACGAAUGGGAGACUACGACUCAUCACCUUCACAUUGGUACGAUGAUCAACUUUCUUUUAUGGCCUCCGAGCUCGAGACGAAUGGUCAACGACGGAUUCUCCCCAAUCAUCAUCAUCAGCAACAGCACGAGCACCAACAACAUAUGCCAUAUGGACUCAAUGCAUCUGCCUACGCUCUCAACAACCCUAACUUGCAAUGCAAGCAAGAGCUAGAACUACACUACAACCACAUGGUACAACAAAAUCAUCUUCUUGGUGAAUCUCAUUUAUCAUUCUUCCAACUUCCUCAGCUAGAAAGUCCUAAGAUUCAACAAGAUAACAGUAAUUGCAACUCUCUUCCUUACGGAACAAGCAACACCAAUAAUAACUCGAGCCAUAAUGCUAACUUGCAGCAAUCAAAUAUCGCGCAUGAGGAACAACUAAAUCAAGGGAAUCAGAGCUUCAGCUCUCUAUACAUGAACAGCGGCAACGAGCAAGUGAUGGACCAAGUCACUGACUGGAGAGUUCUCGAUAAAUUUGUUGCUUCUCAGCUCAGCAACGAGGAGGCCGCCACAACCUCUGCUUCUCUACAGAACAAUGCCAAGGAAACAAGCAAUGCUGAGUACCAAGUUGAUGAAGAAAAAGAUCCAAAAAGGGUUUCAGACAUGGGAGAAGAAUAUGCAGCUUCUACUUCUUCUAGUUGUCAGAUUGAUCUAUGGAAGUGAGCAGAAAGAAUAUUAUCUCAUAUAAAUGCAUAUAAAUAUAUAUAAUAUACGUACACACGAACACAGUACUAAUCAAGUGUAGAUGAUGAUGGUACAGAU